CACGGCCCCUUUUAUUCAGGAUCCGCCCGUGUGUUGCAAUCAAUCUUUGACAAUUUCUCGAGUACUUAUCUUCGCGAAACAAGAAGCCAAGCGGGGGAGGCCCGUUGAACUCGGGCCAACAGAGGCCCGACCCCCACGGGCCUGGCCCGAGGAGCGGGCCUCUGUCGCGCGUGCCCUCCCAGUCAGUCAGCCGGCCUACCAAAACAAGGCCCAUCGUCUUGAGUCUCGCAGGUAUAUAAGAACACACACGGGUAUCGGAUGCGCAUAUUACAUCACCUACAACAUUAUGUCCUCCGAGACCUUCACUGUGCUGAACGACACCCGCCCUGACGAUACCACGCUUCCUGCGUUCAUGGUCUCGACCACGCGCGGAUUUCUGCCCCGUGCGGAGCCAGUCGUCGACCUGCCGGCCGAGUUCGCCGCCCUCGAGUCGAUCCUGGCGCGCAUGCCGAUCCAGACGCUCGAUGGCUCGCCCGGGCUGCUCGCACGCGGCAUGCUCGGCGAGACUGUGCUGAACGAGCUUCCCGAUUUGACGUGGGCGGUCGAGAAGUACGCAGCCAACCUGCCGCUGCAGAACGCACUCUACAGGGACUACUCCUUCCUUGCUUCUGCUUAUCUGCUCGAGCCUUGCCACCUGCGGUUCGUCAAGGACGGCGAAUACGGGCUGGGGCGCGAGGUCCUGCCCAAGAACAUUGCCAUCCCCAUCUCCCGAUGUGCGGAAAUCGCUGGCUUCAAGCCGUUCAUGGAGUAUGCCGGCUCCUAUGCGUUGUUCAACUA